GACGAGUUUGCCCUUGUAGCUUUGUACUUAAGUCUGACCUAUCCUCUGAACACAAGAGUUUCACUUCUCUCUCCCAUAUUAGAACUAGCCACCUAACACGUCUUAUCUCCUAAAACAAUCAGACGCGCCACCAGCCGGCUCCAAACCUGGAUCUGAAGGAUCCAGACCGGCGGAGAGUAAGACAGAUUUAUCGGCGACGCUCAGAUGAUUCAACGGUGGCGAGGAGAGGUCCUGGGAGUCAGGAGGGGGCGGAGGAGGCUUGGUGGCCCUCCGGUAAGAUGAAAUACAAUUUGUAUGUUAAUUUUCUCGAUUUCCAUCUUGUUUGAUCUGGUUGAUUUUAUUUGAUUUUCUAAAAAGUCUAAGUCUUUUGAUUUUUUAUUCCGGCCGACGACUUUAACAGAUAGAGAUGAUAGUUUGGCGGUAAGUAUUGAGUUUUAAUGACCUAUUUAAGGUUUUUUCACAAUUCAGGAAUAGAUCAACUAUACAGUUGGUGCGUUAAUUCUCUCAAUUUCUAUUUAAUUUGUUUUGGGUUGAUUUCGUGUUUAAAAUUGCUGAUGGUUUUUUUUGAUCAGACGUAUAACGAUGACGGCGGCGGCGGCGAUAGGUCGGCGAUAGGGUUUUCUUUUAGAGAGGCACAGAUCUACAAAGUCCGUCAGACCCAGAAGCCCAAAUUUCGGCCCAGAAGCCCGAAAGCCUAAGACUCUUUGAUACCAACAUUUCGGUCUCUAACCGCAAAAUGCAACUCAAUCCCAAGAAGCCCAUUAGCCCAUUUCUAACCGUACAAUGCAACUCAAUCCCAAGAAGCCCAUUAGCCCAUUUCCUACUCAGAUGUACAUUCUAGAACCCUUCCUAAACCCUAAAUUUUAGUAUAAAUAGAACAGUAAACUACUAUUUCUAUUACAGAAACCCUAUCUACGAAAUCAGCUUCGCCAUUUUCGUUCUCAAUUCGUUUUCUCCUGUGAUUUCCUUGUUUCCGACUAUGGGACACGGCGAGGGGACACUCUACCGCGGUCUGUGGCUGUGCAAGAUCUGCGAUCUCUGCUUCCCGCGAGGUUACCGUCGUCACAUGGAUGCACACUAUCAGCAGGUUGCUACUGACACCAGCAACAAGGCUGAGAAGCCAGCAGCAGGUGCAGGGAAGAGCACUACCGGUUUUGGCGUCUCCUUUGCAUCUACCAGCAACUUGAAGGCCGGGACUGAGCAGGCACCUGGGAAAUACUCUUUCCUGUGCCGUUGAUUAUGCAUGGAAGUGGGUACUGUGGAAGCCAAUGGAUUAUGGAUAUAUGUUUUUCCAGGUUUCUUUAGCCUAAAUAAAUAGGGGUAUAAAUAUUGGAUAGUAUGUUUUUGCUCAGUUCACAGUACUGAUGGGUAUAUGAGACGAAUGUUCUAUGUUUCGUUUCGUUUUAGACAUUUCUGUUGUUGAUCGAGGUGUUAUAUGUUUUGCUGAUACUAAGUAAUGUUUGAGGUUUAUCAUACAUUACAUCUCUAGUCUGAAUCUCAGUAUAAAUCUUUAUCUCCCCAUUUCAGUUCCACUUCAUUCUCGCAUACUCCCUUAUUUCUUCCCCAUUUAAAACGAACGAAUUUGCCCAGUCAGAGGCUCCACCAUUAUUGCCCCGGAACCUCGAUUCUUCCACCCAGAAAUCCGUUGGGUGUCUCGAUUCUCCCAAACCCCGAAAUCUGUUUUUACAUCCGUUGGCGCCUCGAUUCUCUCACCCCC